AAAGAUAACAAACAAUUAUGUCGUAAUAAACAGAUUAUAAAACGCCCAAACUAGAAUGUUUAAUACUCGAAGAUCGCCAAAACUUCACUUCACUUCACUUGAUGAUUGUGAACAACACGCAUAUUUGUUUGCUCUUGCUCUCUACGAAUUACGAACAUAUAUUCUCCAUUUCAACGACAUGCAGCAACAAUUCUAACACCCGACUCUGUUGACUAGCAUCUCUACGACGUGCUUGAAGUCCGACCAGGGAAUCGGUCACCAUCAUCGGAACCCCUAACGGACGCGACCGUGAUGACCUCCUUGUAUGUCGGGGACCUGCAUCCGGAUGUGACCGAGGGUAUGCUGUUUGAGAUAUUCAGACAUGCUGGAGCUAUCCGGUCCAUCAGGCUCUGCAGGGAAAAGAUCACCCGCCGCUCUUUUGGGUACGCAUACAUAAACUUCAAGCAGCCGGCAGACGCUGAGCGCGCAUUGGAUAUUAUGAACUACGAGAAGAUCAUGGGCAGGCCUGCCCGUAUGAUGUGGUCCCAGCGCGACCCCUCCCUGAGGAAUAGUGGAGUGGGGAACAUUAUCAUCACAAACCUGGAAAGGUCCAUCGAAAGUAGGGCCCUCCAUGACACUUUCGCCAUCUUCGGGAACAUCUUAUCAUGCAAGGUGGUCUGUGAUGAGAAUGGCUACUCCAAGGGCUACGCCUUUGUACACUAUGAGACCCAGGAGGCGGCUAACAGGGCCAUUGAGAAGAUGAAUGGCCUGCUGCUAGAUGAUUGCAAGGUGUUCGUGGGCCCCUUCAAGUCCCGCAAGGACCGUGAAACUGAGCUCGGCGCCCGAGCCCAGAACUUCACCAAUGUUUACAUCAAAAACUUUGGUGAGGAGAUGGACGACGAGAGGCUGCGCCAAAUCUUUGGCAAAUUUGGCCCCACUCUGAGCGUGAGGGUGAUGGUAGACCAGAGAGGCAGAUCCAAAGGCUUUGGCUUUGUGGAGUACAAGUAUCACGCUGAUGCCCAGAAGGCCGUGGAUGCAAUGAAUUGCAAGGAGCUGAAUGGGAAGCUUGUGUAUGUGGCCCGUGCCCAGAAGAAGACGCAGCGCGAGGUUGACCUCAAGCUUAAGUUCGAGCUGAUGAAACAGGACCGUGCGACCCGCUCAAAGGGCAUCAACCUUUACGUAAAAAAUCUGGACAAGAGCCUACAUGACGAUGGCCUGCACAAGAUGUUCUCUCCGUUUGGAACCAUCACUAGCGCCAAGGUCAUGAUGGAGGGCGGACACAGCAAGUGUUUCGGCUUCGUGUGUUACUCCUCUCCCGAGGAGGCCACCAAGGCUAUCACCGAGAUGAACGGUCGCAUGGUGUCCACCAAGCCACUGUACGUGGCCUUGGCCGAGCGCAAGGAGGAGCGCCGGGCCCACCUGACCAACCGCUGCAGGCAGAGGAUGGCCAGCCACAAAGUACACGCCGAAGUCCCUCAGGCCCACAUCCACGCUGCCUCCAACCAGCAGCACAGCCGGCUGGCUCAGCUGCACCCCGGCCUCCGUGGUACCACCCAGGCCAUACGCCUCCAGAAGCUGACCUCCUCCAUGCUGGCUGCCCUCAACCCUGAGGAGCAGAAGCAGUUGCUGGGAGAGCGCCUGUUCCCCCUGAUCCACGCCAUGCAGCCCAUGCAGGCUAAGAAGAUCACCGGCAUGCUGCUGGAGCUCGACAACUUUGAGCUGCUUCACAUGCUCAAGUAUUCAGAGUCUCUGAGCUCCAGGGUGGACGAGGCCGUAGCUGUACUGCAGGCCCACCUGGCCAAACAGGGAGUCCAGAAGCCUGCCACCACUACCAACACAGCUGUGGCGGCUGUUUAAAGACAUGGCAUGGCGGGGGACUUUUUGUUUUUAAAGACAAUAAGCAAACACAGCAUUGAAAUAUUUGUCAUCCUCAUUAUGAACGUAUUUUUACAUCCUAUAUGUUCCAUUCCUCAUGCUGGAAAAAUAAAAUAAAACAAAAAAUAUUUCAAAAAAUAAAAACUUACCUCUUUGGUAAGAAAAAAA